GUUUGUUUUUUUGCCGGGUGCCAAACCAAUUUAAGGUCGUAUAAUAUGAUUUCUCGAGGGGGGAAAAAAGGCCGCAUCGAAACGACGAGGCCAAGAUGAUGAAGCGGUCAACGCUCCAAGAUUAUUCCGCCACGUCUGAACGGAGCGAAGAAUCGGAGGAGCGAUCGAGGCGGACUGCGCGUGCCGGCAUGUAUGGCCACGGAUCCAUCCAGCCAAUCCUCCAUGGCCGGCGCGCCUCGUUGUCUCGCCGAUCAUCUAGCCGCAGUUGCACGUUGACCGGCGCGCGUGUACCCACCUUACUGGAUCCUCAUCUCACCUGAGUAGCUGACGCAAGCCUUCAGUUCUGCUGCAGCUUCUGAUUCACUGACGACUGCAUGCUCUUGUCACUGCAUUUUGCCAAUUUACCAUGCCAAAAUACAACUGCAUGAUGUAAUGAUAACUGCAAAACUGUUCUUCAGAUCUUGCUCACAAACUUCCUGCAGGUUUUAGGGUCACUACGUCAGGUAUUCGGAUGAUCAAGCGUCUGCGAACAUAGAUUUGAAAGAGAGAAAAGAUGGAUCUGAAUUCUAUUCAAAUUCAAAUAAUUCGAAAACAUGCAUACUGAGGCAGAACUGCAGAAGCAGCUUCAGUUCACCGUUUCACUCUUCAGACUUCAGAGUUCAGACUAGCACCGUAGCACGAGCCAUGCCUUCCUCCCCGCACCGCCGGCGCCUCCUCCUGCUCCCCUUACUCGUCGCUGCCGCCGCGCUGUGGGGACCGCUGCCGGCGGGCGCCGGCGCGGGCACCUGCAAGGCGUGGCUAGUGCAGUCCAUCCCCACCGACAUGCCGCACCUCCGCCGCGUCCCCGGGGUCCUCUCCACCGGAGAUGUACUGCAGUGGCUCUCGGGUAAUGCAACCAAGAGCCUGGACAUCCUUGCACAGUACUGGCAGUUCUUAGCGCAGCCAAACAAUCCAAAAUCGGGGGAUUAUGGGUACUCCGACAGUGACAUGAAGAGAUUUGGGGCUGAUGAGGGGCACCGGGUUUACAAGGCAUUGGAGAAUGCUGCAGAUCGUAAGAUCAAAAUCAGGAUUGUGCAACACUCAGGAUUUGUUCCUGAUUUUGACCAAGAGAGCGCCGAUCUGGCUGCAGGAAGACCAAAUGUUCAGAAUGUAACCCUUCUUUUUGAAAAGUGGUGGGGAUCUGGCAUUGUGCAUGCAAAAGUCUGGAUAUCAGAUAAAAAAGACGUGUAUAUAGGGUCAGCAAACAACGAUUGGAAAUCUCUUACCCAGGUGAAGGAGCUUGGGAUUUAUUUUGCUGAUUGUCCACAAAUAGCAAAAACUUUGGAAGUAUAUUUUCAAAAUCUUUGGUCACUUUCAGCUCUCAACUCAACUACUUAUACCAAAGUAGCUUGGGAUAAGCAGUGGCAAGUUUCUAGAAAGGUUCCAUGCUGGUCACAUUUCCUACAGCCAAAAGAAAGAUGCAGGUCACCCAUACCACCUUCUGUUGACAUCCCAUAUACAGAUGGAUAUCCGGCACUUGCCAAUCCUGAAAUGAUUGAUGUGCCAUUUGAAACCCCAGGGUACAAGAAAUCCACUCAGGAGCACUACUUGAGCUACCUUUCCUUUGCUCCACCUGAGGUGACAUUUGGCAAAUUCCAAGCAGAUGAGCAGGGUUGGGUUGACACCAUUAAGUCUGUUAAGGUUUGUGGAAUUGUAAGAAUGAAUACUAUGGAUUGGCUUGGGCAGUCACAGUAUGCUACUCAAACAGUCUACUGGCCAUCCUUGUCAUCAGCAAUCUCAGAGGUAGUGUUCUCAAAGAAUGCAACUGUGAGGCUUAUUGUUGCCUACUGGACACACUUCAUCCCAAACACAGAAAACUACUUGAAGAGCCUUCUAUACUCCAACAUCCUCUGUGCAUCUUCAAAGUAUAACCACUGUGGUGGCAAGGUCGAGAUCAAAUACUACAUGGUUCCUGGGUACAACGAGACCGGACCUGCAAUGUCGCAGGGUGGCGCUGCGACAGGUAACCGCUACCCUGGCUUCACUCGGGUGAACCAUGGCAAGUACGCUGUCAGCAACGUGCGGGCGAACAUUGGCACCAGCAACCUCAUCUGGGAUUACUUCUACACCACUGCUGGAGUGAGCUUCGGAACAUACAGCCCAUCCAUUGUCUCGCAGCUGCAGGAUAUCUUUGAUACAGAUUGGUACUCUCCUUAUACUGUGCCGGUUGAACCACUGGAAGCUUCAGCGUAGGAUCAGCUCUGUUCCAGUUCAGCGUUGUCUUAUUUUUUUUUUCUUUCCUCACACAUAGCCAAUAAAGAAAACCAGAGUCCCGGGAUGGACGGCGGCAAAGAAUCAUCCAAGAGGGAUACACCCACAACAACAUCAAGAUUUUUGUGCUUGUUUCAUGUAGUAUUGUAGUCUGCAAAAUUGUUUUUCGCAGAGUAGCUGUCUCAGUGAUAAUUGUACCUCCCAAAUGUACAGAUGUAAAUACUUUAUAGUUUCACUGUUUUUUUUUGGGGGGUUGAGUGACUUUGGAAUAUACAACCAUUUGUGAGGUCCAGUUUGUUUCACAAUUUUCUCCA